UAUCGUUUCGACCUGUUCUCAGGCCUCUACUUUGCCUCCCAAGGGCUGAACAUAUCACCAGAAUCACUCAAGAAAACAUAUGAACGAGUUGGCGCCCAAUACAUUUUGCAUCUCGCAGCAUGCUGAAGCGAAUCACUGACGAAUUGGAAACAUCUAUUUUCUUGUUAUUGUACAUUGCAAUCAGGACUCAAGAGGGCACCUCACUCGACCUUUGCGAAAAGGACGAGAGGCUUUUUUUCUUUUUCUUUAAUGAGCAUUUUAUGAAUGGCACGAAACGAAUUGACGAUGGCAGGACGGAUGGUGGAUUCGGAAUACAGUUACGAAUUUUGACGUACCCUCGUCGUGCCAAUCGUUGGGGCUUGGCGCCAUAUGAUAGAAACUGGCGUUUCUUUUUAUCUGACCCAUGGGCACAAAAAGUUAUGAUUUGAUGAAUCUUUGGGAUGCAACGAGGGCGUGAAUGUCACAUAAUCUUCGAUAGAUCGAUCAUGUUAAGAGAGAUUUUCACACAAUCAACUUGCUUUACU